CUUUCAAAAAAAAAAGGAGAAGAAGAGACUAGAAGCGAGGAAGAGGACCAGAAGGUGGAGCGAUAAGAGAAAGCAGGAGGCGCUGGUGGUUGAGCGCAAUUCAUCCAUCCAUUCCAUUCCGUUCCGUUCCCAUCCCAAAAGAAAACGAAAAACCAUGGCGCUCUCGCUGUCCCUCGUGGCGCCGCCGGUAGUAGCUGCAGCCGCCGGCAGCACCUUCAGCUCUCGGAGUAGUAGGACGGCGCUGCGGCGUGGUGGUCGGAACGGCAGGGUGGUGGCGAUGGCUGACAUACUGGGCGACUUCGGGGCGCGCGACCCCUUCCCGGAGGAGAUCGAGAGCAAGUUCGGGGAGAAGGUGCUGGGGAACGUGGACACCCUCCACCAGAUCCUCAUCCCGACGCUGUCGGCGCUGUCGCUGGCCGGCCUGCCGCUGCAGCCCGGCGCGGAGCCCCUCUCCCUCGACGACGCGCGCGGGCUCCUCUUCAAGGUCGUCGGCUGGAGGCUGCUCCUCUCCGAGCACGACGACCAGCGGCCCGCGCGGCUGCAGUGCGUCUGGAAGGUGCGCGACGAGUCCUGCGGCCAGGAGCUCAUCGCCAGGAUCAACGUCGCGCUCGACGGCGCCGGCCACGCCCCAGCAGCGCUGCUCCUCGAGGCCCCCACCAACCAGCAGCUGCAGGUGAGGGCCGAGCUCUCCACGCCCUCCGCCGCCGGCGACAGCCUCACCAUCAACGACUACAUCCUCGCCGCUAGGAUAGACAAAGUCAAGACGCUCGAUCUUAUCCCCAAGAAGCGAGUCUGGGCAUGAAUUGGAUGAAUUUCUCUUCAUUUUAUUUAUCGGAUGAAUUUCCUUCCUUCCUUAUUAUUUGUAGCAGUGCUUGAAUUGUACGGCCGACUCUUACGAACCAACGAGUGAAUGGAAAAUUUUGGAAUUCCUCCUCCGUUUCAA